AGGAGCAUGGCGUGGAGACCCCUCAAAAGGUUGUACUCCUCAUGAAGUCAGGGACUCGGUCUGUAGCCCAUCGUUGAGUGCACAGUCACUAUGUGCUGAAAGACUGGAUGAGUGACAGCAUCUGGCAGUGAUAAUCAGAGAAAAGUAUCACGAGCAGUGUUUGAACUUGAUCCAAGAAGACCUGAUGCUCUAUAGAGAACAGACUUGUGGUUGCCAAGGGGGAGUGGGAGUGGGGGAGGGAAAGAUUGGGAGUUUGAGACUAGCAGAUGCAAACUAUUAUAUUUAGGAUGGAUAAACAACAAGGUCCUGCUGUAUAGCACAGGGAACAAUAAUAUCCAGUGCUAAACCAUAAUGGACAACAAUAUGAAAAAAAUAUAUACAUGUAUAUAUAUGUAUAUGACUCACUUUGCGGUACAGCAGAAGUUAACAUUGUAAAUCAACCAUACUUAAAUAAAACUAAAAAGAAAAACAAGAAAAAACCUGAUGCUCCUUAAAAAAUUUUUUUUGCAAUCCUCUUUAUUCUCCUUAAAUGGAAUUUAUGUAUAAUGUAAUCUUGCUAUAUAUAAUUUUAAACAGUCAACAUAAUAUCUUAACUGGAAUAUAAAGGAGAAAUAAAUUAUAAUAAAAUAAUAUGUAUUUCAACCUGUAAAUGUUAGGGCAUGACUUACCUAGGUAGUGAGUUAGGUGUUUAAGCCUCUACUUAGAAAUUCUAGUGCCACGGGAAUGUUUUAUUGUCAAACACCUCAAGCAAAGCACUGAACCAUUCCAGAUGGAUUUUCUGAAAUGAAGCGGGCCCAGGAUGCCAUGGUGAUCCUGGGGGGCGGAGGAUUUCUCUUUGCCUCCUACCUGACGGCCAUGGGGGAUGAGCGUUUCUACGCGGAACACUUGAUGCCGGCUCUGCAGGGGCUGCUGGACGCCGAGACCGCCCACAGGCUGGCUCUUCGCUUCACCUCCCUGGGGCUCCUUCCUCGUUGCACGUUUCAAGACUCUGACAUGCUGGAAGUGAGAGUCCUGGGCCGUAAAUUCCGAAAUCCAGUAGGAAUCGCUGCGGGAUUUGACAAGCACGGGGAAGCUGUGGAUGGACUUUACAAGAUGGGCUUUGGUUUUGUUGAGAUAGGCAGUGUUACCCCAAAACCUCAGGAAGGGAACCCCAGACCCAGGGUCUUUCGCCUUCCUGAGGACCAAGCUGUCAUUAACAGAUACGGAUUCAACAGUCAUGGACUGUCAGUGGUGGAACACAGGUUACGGGCCAGACAGCAGACGCAGGCGAGGCUCACAGAAGGUGGGCUGCCACUGGGAAUAAACCUGGGGAAAAAUAAGACCUCAGUGGAUGCUGCCUCGGACUACGCAGAGGGAGUUCGAGUCCUGGGCCCCUUGGCUGACUACCUGGUAGUGAAUGUGUCCAGUCCUAACACCGCUGGGUUGCGGAACCUUCAGGGAAAGGCCGAGCUGCGCUGCCUGCUGACCAAGGUGCUGCAGGAGAGGGAUGCCCUGAAGGUAGCCCGCAAGCCGGCCGUGCUGGUAAAGAUCGCUCCCGACCUCACGGCCCAGGAUAAGGAGGAUAUUGCCAGUGUGGUGAGAGAGUUGGGCAUCGAUGGACUGAUUGUCACGAACACCACAGUGAGUCGCCCUGCCAGCCUCCGGGGUGCUCUGCGCUCUGAAACAGGAGGCCUGAGUGGGAAGCCCCUCCGGGAUUUAUCAACACAAACCAUCCGAGAGAUGUAUGCACUCACCCAAGGCAGAGUUCCCAUCAUUGGGGUUGGCGGUGUCAGCAGCGGGCAGGAUGCGCUGGAGAAGAUCCAGGCGGGGGCCUCCCUGGUGCAGCUGUACACGGCCCUCACCUACCAGGGGCCACCCGUGGUAGGCGGAGUCAAGCGGGAGCUGGAGGCCCUUUUGAAGGAGCAGGGUUUUACCAGAGUCACAGAUGCCAUUGGAGCAGAUCAUCGGAGGUGAGGAUGGGUCCGUGGGAGGCCUGAUCUGGAACUGUCCUGCUCAAUCAAGUGAGCCUUUGUGGCGAAUGGAGAGAGGAGACCACAUCCCCGAGCCACAAGGGCUGCUCCUCUGGCUGGACUGUAAAAGCCACGCAUGAGGGUCAGCAGAAGCAAUGCAAGACUUUCUUCAGUCACUUGUUGGAUGGGAACUGCUUUCAUGAUUCUUUCUAGAUGCAAAUCCCGGGAUCCUUUAAUAUUACAAGGACAUUAGACAUUUGGAAGGAAAAUCAUGGCAAAAUAAAAUCAUUUAAAAACUGGA